UGGAGAUGAAAGUUGUACGCGCGCUGAUGGCUUUCUGAGGGAGUUUGGGACGCUGGUGGAUGCACGAAGAGAGAAACGCAGCGACUCUGGACUAAUCACAUCAGUUGCUGAACUUUUCUAAUUACAUUUCAUUUAAAUUAAUUCUGUUAUUUUGCGCAGAGCCAGAGCUGAAUCCAAACAGAUCAAAAUGAUGACCAAACCAUUUGGAAAGAGUGGCAAUGUGAGUGAGCUGGUGAGCUCCCUGAGCUGGCUGGAGGAGGAGGACGCCAGCUCUCAGGAUGGAGAAGAAAGCCCAGAGACAAGGGGCCGCCAUGGCCUGACUGUAGGGAGUCGAAUCCACUCCUGUACAGAAAUGGGCAGUGAGGAUAUGGAGGAAGAAGAGGAAGAGGAUGAGGAGGAUGAAAUUGGACCAAAUGGAGAAAACGCUCCCAAAAGGAGAGGCCCUAAGAAGAAGAAGAUGACCAAAGCUAGACAGGAGAGGUUUCGCGCCAGGCGAGUCAAGGCCAAUGCCAGAGAACGUUCACGUAUGCACGGGCUGAACGAUGCUCUGGAUAAUCUCCGCAGAGUGAUGCCCUGCUACUCCAAGACACAGAAGCUGUCAAAGAUUGAGACUCUACGACUCGCCCGUAACUACAUCUGGGCUCUGUCAGAGGUGCUUGAGAGUGGCCAAUCCCCAGAGAGCCAUGGCUUUGUGGAGAUGCUGUGUAAAGGUCUGUCUCAGCCCACCAGCAACCUCGUGGCCGGCUGCUUGCAGCUAGGAUCCAGUCCGAUGAUGCUCAACAAGCAGGAGGACAAGUGUGGAGGCCUGGGAGUCAGUGGUGUGGGGACUCAGGCUGGCCAUCCCCUCAGCUACCCAUCUCCAGGCCUUCCCAGCCCCCCCUAUGGCUCCCUGGAGGCUUCCCACCUCCUCCAUAUGAAGGGAUUCAAGGGGCAUGUAUAUGACAACCCCUCCCCUAACGAGUGCAGCAGCGGCACCCCACCAUAUGAUGGGCCCCUCACUCCCCCUCUGAGCAUCAGUGGCAACUUUGCCCUGAAGCAAGAGCCUUCUCCCCAUGAGUCCGAUAGGAACUACACUCCCCACCCGGGCCACCAUGCCCACUACCUCUCCUCCCAACAUUACCCCUCUUCUGCGACUGGCAGCUUACCAGGGGGGCCUCAGGGCCACCCACUUUUUCAGGCUUCACGCUAUGAGCUGCCCCUGGAUGUGGCCUUUGACACCUUCACUCCCUCUCACCUGAUCACUUCUCAGAUGGGCACCAUUUGAAAUGUGCCCGUGACCAGUUGAGAGGAUCAGUGAUUGACUCUGCUAUGAAACUGAACGGGAGAGGAGCUUUGCUCUUGAAUUGACUGCUGUAAAAACUAUGGCUGCGGCACUAACUGCAGAGAAAAUGGUUCGCAUUUAUGUUGUCUAGUACUCUGGGAGAGCUCUGAAUGCUCAGAGAGAGAGAGAGAGAGACUCAACACCUCAACUCAAUCUACCUGACACAAACACGCACCCAUAACUUUUCGUAUUUUAUUUAUUCUUUUUGUUAUGAUUACAUGUUGGUAUUUGGAUUAUAUUUUUAGGGAGAAGUUGCCCCAUCAGUUGUUAAAGAGUGGAAAAGAUUAUUUUACCAAAUCUGUUACACUUUUGCAUUACACAGAUAGGAUUUCUGUUUAAGUGUAGGGACUGAACAAAAACGUAUCAAACAUAACAAAAGAAAUUGAUCAAAAGGUCACGCAAUCUAAACCUAAAUUGUGCACUGAGGCCUACAACCAACGUUCUCCAUGCCAUAAGAAAAAACAAUGCAUUUAUUUAUAUCAGUAUUUAAUAUUUAUUUUGAUGAUGUCAUGUCCUUUUGAUAUUUUUCUCAGCACAGUUUUUGUUUCACUGUCUGGUUUGUUGUCAGUCACUGGCAGCUGUACUGUAUUUAAAUUAUUUAUUUGAGGUCUUUCAGGUACUUGUUCAUUUGUUGUCACAAUUUUUGUCAUACUGUUGUAAAUAUUUUGCUGUUUCGCACUUAAUUGAAUAAAUAUUCUUAUAU